AUGGCGGGCGAGGGAGUCGGUGCAGAGGCUCUGGCGGAGGUUGCCCAGGCGGCGCGCGCUGGCUGGCAAGCAGCAAGCAUGGGAUGGCGGCACGCGCUUCUAGCUCGUGCUCGUGCGCCGUGGGCGGGAGCUUGGCGCGCAAUCGUCAUGCUUGGACUUUGGCUAUUCACCCAUUUGCAGUGCAACGCUGGCCACGGCCGUUGCAGCCGUCGCACCCACCACGCGCAGGCUCAGAGACACACACAUCCAGCCACCGCGCACAGGGGCCGACGGGCCUGGGAGACAGCCGUCGAGGGCGCGGGAGAUGCACCGCGCGCUUCGCCCAAGCCCCAGAGCGGCGCCAUGGCGGUUGCUGCUGUCACGCCGGGCGGAGAGGCAGACGGCUACGCAGAACGCGAGGGCGAGGGCGAGGGCGAGGGCGAGGGCGGAAGGCAUGGGACGAAAAAACAGAAGGCUGGCACAAAGCCAAAAGCCCAUAUGGGAUAUUGCUUAUGCUGA